AUGUCAAUUAAACAAUCGGCAAAUAUCAAUGUUGGAUAUCCGAUUCUUGCUACAAAAUUUAUAGAUAAUAAAACAAUACUAGUUGCCGGUGGUGGUGGUGAAGGUAAGCAUGGAGUACCAAACAAUAUAACUGCCAUUAGAUGUGGAUUUAAAGUUUCUGAUCAUGGAAGAAUAUUACAAAAGUUUAGAGAAAUCAAAUUACCUGCAAAUGAAGAUAGUCCGCAAUGUUUGGAUACUUGUAGAAUGGAUGAAGAGGCACAAUUCAAUAUUCUAAUUGGUUGUAAUCAAAGUUAUGAAUUACUUUCACAAAUGAAUAUUAAUAAUAAUGUUAGGAAAUAUAUCUAUACUAAAGAUGAGCAUUUACGAUUUGUUGAUGCAGCUCAAUUUGAAGAAGAGAUCAAUGCUGAUGCUGGAGAUUAUCCAAAAGUCAUGAGGGUAUCAAAUGAUAACUCAAUAGCUUGUCUUUUAACAUCCACGGUUCCAUCUCAACUUUAUAUCUUCAAUCCUGAUCUGUUGGAUUUGAAAUAUAAAUACAAACCAGAAAGACAAGUUGAAAUUAAAGAUGUGGCAUUGAGUCCUGGGACUGGGAAAACCAUAUGUUUCAUUUCCUCAUCCUCGUCUAUCGACACAGUUUCUUCCGAUAAUGGGACAUUAAUCUCCACUACCACCCAAAUUCCCAAAGUAGCGAAACAAUUGCAACAAUAUAUACUUUCUAAAUUGAAAUUUAUUAAUGAAGAUGAAGUGAUCAUAACAGCAAGUGUACGUGGUGGAAAAGGGGCAACAUUGUUAAAGUAUAAUAUCAAAACAAAUAGACUCAUAAAAGCAAAAAUCAUAUCCAAAAAAUUCAAUAAUAUCGUGGGGUUAGACAUUUCCUUAGCUAGAGAUUUAAUUGCUGUAGUGGGAAAUGAUUUGAGUUUGACUUUGAUUAAAUUAUCUACAUUUAAUGUUUUAACUACCAUGAAAAAUUUGCAUGAAUUUGCAAUUACAAGUGUUGCAUUUUCACCCAAUGGAACCAAAUUAGCAACUGGUAGUGCUGCUAAUACUUUGCAUGUUUUAAAAAUACCACGCGAUUAUGGUUCUAGUGGAUCUGUCUUUGGUGCUAUUGGUACUUUGAUCCAUUAUUUCUUCACUAUCGUUUUGAUUGCAGCUUUGGGUGUUGUGAUUCAAAAUGCCCAUGAAAAUGGUAAAUUGGAUGGAUUGGUUGGAUAUUCUCAACAAAUGGGAUUGGAAUAUGGUAAGCUUGGUUUUGAAUAUGGUAAAACUGGUUUUGGUAUUGCUGAAGAAUAUGCCAAAAGGUAUGGUAAUCAAGGUUAUCAAUUUAUAAAAGAAAAAUUCCAAGGUGAAAAUAUUGAUGGAGAUGAUCAAACUAAAGAAUAUUUCACAAUGGAUGAAUGGAAUGAAGAUUCAACUUUUACAGCAUCAACUUUGAAGGAUAGGGUAACUGAAGUUACCAGAAAUAUUGAUGCGGAUACCAAGAAGUCUGGGUUUAAGAGUGAAACAUUAUUCAAAGACAAAGAUAACUAUGUUAAACAAUCAAUCAUUGAAGACAAUAUUCCUGAAGCAGUUACUCCUCCAGCAUCAAUUGAAACAUCGACCAAAUCGCCUGUUUCUUCCAUCCACAAAAGAAAGUCUACCAUUCCAGCUCCAAAAAAAGUUGUAGUUGAAAAUAAGUCUCAAACCAAGUCAGAUGCAACAUCAUCCAAAUCAGUUCAAACCAGUGUUACCAUUCCUGCUCCAAAAUCUGUUGAAAUUGAAAAGAAGUCGCAGAUCAAGCCAGAUACGGUUUCAUCCAAAUCAGUUCAAACUAGUCCUACUAUCCAAUCUUCAUCCCUGGUUCAAGUUCCAUCGGAAUCUCCGCAAGUACCUCAUUUUGAAGAACAACAAGAAAUUCCUGGACAUAAUGAUACAGUAAUCGAUUCUGAACUGUCAUUCGUGGAUCCAAAUACGAUUGUUGAAGAAGGCAACCAAGCCGACUCAGUACCUCGUGGUGAUGAUGAAGAAGAAGAAGAACAUGAGAUUGAAUUUGUUGAAGUAGUUGAAGAAGUGGAAGAGGAGGACGAAGAAGAACCAGAGAAACCUAUUUCUGUAGAAUCAUCUGUGGAAGCCACUACUCAAGUGAAUCAAACUACGUCAAUUACCGUUGAAAAAGACCAUGAAGAUACAGAAGUCAUUGAGGAAUUUAUUGAAGAAGUGGUUGAAGAUGUGGGAAAAGAAUCACCACUUGACAACAGUGAAGAAAUCCAAGAAUCGAACUCUUCUAAUAUCCCAACUGAAUCAAAUGUCAAAGCUGAGAAAGAAGACAAAGUAGAAACAUCCGAAGUUGCACCAUCUAUUUCUGCAAGCAAAUUAGAAGAACCUGUCGUUGAAGAAUCAAGCACUGUAUCCCCAGUUGUUGAAGUCUCUCAAGAACAACAAUCUCCUGUUGGAACUGAAAAAGAAAUCCAAAGCUCCUCUGUUGAAUCCUCCGUUGUUAUUGAAAGUACCGUGGCUCCUUCUUCUGCUGUUGCAAUCCCUGAUACCGUUUCUACAUCAUCAAUUGAACCUUCCCAUGUUUCUCAUGAAGAUGCUGAAAUUCCAGAUGAACCCUCCGUUGAAGAAAAGUUAGAUGCUAAGGUUUCUGAAGAGGCAUCAGUACCAGAUAAAGGACUGGUUGCCAACGCUGAACCAUUACGUGAGCCUGAAGUUAAACCAAUUGGAACCCCAGUUGUUGCAGAUAAAGAACAUGUUCAAUCUUCGUCAUUAGAGACUGAAGAAACUAUUCAAGCUUCGUCAUUUGAGACUGAAGAAACUGUUCAAGCUUCGUCAUUAAAGACUGAAGAAACUGUUCAAGCUUCAUCUUCAAGCACAUCUGAAUCUGAUGCCGAGACUUCUAUUGAAACCAUAUUACAUGUGUCCCCUGGUUUGUCAAAAGAAGUAGCUGAAAAGCUUGUGGAAGAAUUAUCUAUCGAGCAGGCUUCCAAAUUGGUUGAAACUAGUAUAGUUGAACCAUCUACCGAGACCCUAUUACAUGUACGCCAGGGCUUAUCCAAGGAAAUAGCUGAUAAGCUUGGGGAGAAAUCAUCCGUCGAAGAAUCUUCCAAAUCGGCUGAAACUAGUACGGUUGAGCCAGCGAGUGAAUCUGUUUUGCAUGUGUCCUCGGGAUUGUCAAAGGAAGCAACUGAAAAGCUUGAGGAAAUAUCAUCCAUCGAAGAAUCUUCCGAAUCAGUUGAAACUAGUACCGUCGUGUCAUCUACUGAAUCUAUUUUACAUGUUUCCCCAGGUUUAUCCCAGGAAGCAGCCGAGAAGCUUGAAGAAAAAUCUUCCGUUGAUCAAUCGUCGAAGAGUGUUGAAUCGUCACCAGCAUCACAGGUUCAAGAAAAUACCACAUCUGAAUCUACCAGUGUGUCAUCUCGAUCAAGGAAAGGAAGAGUUGUAACAAGAACUAGAACCGUGAAAAAGCCAAAAAGUAAACCACCAAUUGAGAAAGUCCCAAUUGAAAAAGAUGAAUUAUAA